AUGCUGGGCACAAGGGUCGCGAGGGCCUCAUUACGAUGUGUACGGCAUACCAGGCUGCCAGCCUCACGGAGAGUGCUGCUCCAGCCGUCAACAUGUCAACAGCAACGGCAGUGCGCGAGCUGCCCUCCACCGAAGCAGUCCCCCCUCCCGAAACCGCCCGCUGACCACCGCGACCUUGCCGUGCAACAAGAGCUCUUCACCACCUCCAUCUACUCCCCUGGCAGUCCUAUCUUCUUACCUGCUGGCACUCGCAUCUUCAAUCGCCUUGUUGAAUUCCUCCGCCGCAAGUACGUCAAGUAUGGCUUCCAGGAGGUCAUCACCCCCACCAUCUACAAGAAGGCCCUGUGGGCAAAGUCAGGUCACCUCGAAAACUAUGCCGACGACAUGUUCACCGUGACGAGCACAUCACCGUCGCGGCGCGAUACCCCGACUGCUGCUGGAGAAGAAGGCGGGACUGCUACUGAAGAGGAGGACGAGUACGGCCUGAAGCCCAUGAACUGCCCCGGUCACUGUCUCAUCUUCGCCGCCCGCCGCCACUCCUACCGCGACCUGCCCAUCCGGUACGCCGACUUCUCUCCGCUGCAUAGGAACGAGAUCUCGGGCGCCCUGAGCGGCCUCACGCGCGUGCGCCGCUUCCACCAGGACGACGGCCACAUCUUCUGCCGCCCCUCGCAGAUCGAGGACGAGAUUCGGCGCACGCUCGACUUCGUGCGCGAGACGUACGAGACGUUCAAGCUGGGACCUUACAGGCUGGUGCUGUCGACGAGGCCGGCGGAGCAUUACAUCGGCACCCUUGAGGAGUGGGACCAGGCCGAGAGCGCACUGAAGAGUGCGCUAGAUCACGCGGGCCAGGAGUGGACGCUGAACGAGGGCGACGGGGCGUUCUACGGGCCAAAGAUCGACAUCAUCCUUAAGGACUCGGACGGCAAGGAGCACCAGACGGCGACGGUUCAGCUGGACUUCCAGCUGCCCAAGCGCUUCGAGCUGGAGUAUGAGGCCCCCGCGCCAGAGCUGGAGCAAAGGGGCUUGACGGCUUCCGACCCUUCCCAGCAGGCUGUUGUAGGUCGCGUCCGACCCGUGAUGAUCCACAGAGCCGUGCUGGGCUCCGUGGAAAGGUUGAUGGCGCUGCUGAUUGAGCACUACAAUGGCAAGUGGCCGUUCUGGCUGAACCCCAGGCAGGUGGCUAUCAUCACCGUUAACGAUACGGAACCUGUCAUGGCUUUGGCGAAGGACACCAUGGACGUUCUUCUGGGAACGGAAAACAGCCGCAGUGAGCCAUUAGUAGAUGGCGAGGCAGCCCCGACUUCAAUCAGCCACCCUUCACAGCUGGCGGUGGACCUGGACGACAGUCCGCGGAGUGUAGGCCUGAAGGUCCGCGAGGCGAAAGCCAAGGGCUACGGCGCAAUUGUUGUGAUUGGGCCCAAGAACGUGGAGAACGGGAGUGUAAGUGUCAACGUGUCAGGCAUGCCUUCACUGAGAGAUCAGAAGAAUGAUGUGCCCAUGACUGUGACGGAGUUGCUGCGGUUUUUAGAGCUACAGGUAGACACAUACCAGUAG